AUGACUUUUGUGUCAGACAACACAUCUCAGAUAGAGUCUCUGAGGAUCUCGCUCGCCAUAGUGAAGCAUAAUGAGGGACAUGACGACCUACCUUGCUUCUUGGAUGCCAAAGCACUACAACUUGACACGGUGGCAUUCUCGAUGGUCUCCAAAAGCAUCAACAGCUUUCACAAUAUCAUCUCUCAGUUCCAAGAUGACAUCGAGAUCUCUUAUUCAGAUAGCGGCGGCUUGAACAACACCCAGCCAACCACGAAAGUGACCAGUAUGGAUCUCGGUGAAACUCAAGCAAGAACUCAAGAAUCUCGACGUCAAAUUCAGGAGCUGGGUAGCACUAAAGAGCUCUCCCAAAAUCAAUUUCCUGGCUCCCAGGAAGACUCUGAAGCGCGAGCCAAAUCACAGCAAGGUCACGGAGACCGAAACAAAUCAAGCAUCGAGAAUGGGGAAGAUCUUUCAGGGGAAGAGGACCUCUACACUGCAAGUCCGGAGAUAACCCAAACCAAGGUGCUCAGUCCUGAUUUUCAAACAUCUAAAACAAUGCCAAUGCCACUGCUUCCGCGCGGCCGUAAAGGCGUCAAGCCGAAAGCUAAACCACCUAUCGUUCUUGGACGUCAUAGCCUUGACAGUAACUUGACGACAGCGAAAUCAAAAACCCACGUUACGGGUAUCAAGGCAGCAAAAGCUGACAAUAGAAAUGGCAAAGGCAACAGCUUGUUGCAGGCGAGAACUGAAGCCAAUUCAGGAGUCAAAGAUCUUACCAGCGCCGCAUCCGCCACCCGCAAAGAGCAGAAGGAUGCAAAUGCGAAGGCUCCUUCACAAGAUUUGCGUGUUGCAAAACAGCCAAUCGUUGCUUCUGCUGCUAUCAAAGCGCGUCGCCCAGCAGCCACUAAAAAAGUUGUCAAAUCAAGCGCUGUAGGCUCGAAGACAGCUUUGGCUUCAAAUACAGUUGAUCUAGCAUAUGACUUCUCAGACAACCUGAUCCCCAGUCCAGAUGCCAACGAUGCCUCCACUCCUAAAGUAUCGAAGGCUAAAUCAAUUUCCAAACCGAUAAAUACGGUCGCUAAGCCAAUCGGAACUCAAUCGAAGUCAAAGAUUGUCAGCACAGAUGACUCCCCCGCACCGGUUCGGAAACGCUACGGUCUUCAUAAGCCAACAGGAAAUGCUUCCAAUGACACAAAUAGUAGUACCGUGGGAGUAAAGGACACAGCAGGCACGAACCCCGCGAAGCCAAAUCCAAAGUCAGAGACCAAGGCCACUAAGCCUGGCAUAUCCCACAAGGCGGAUGCUACCAAGAGACAGUCAGCCCCAGCAGCCUUGCGAGCAACGAGGCAGAGUCAACGGACGGCCGCUUCAAAGGUAAAGGAUAAGAUGCUGGGUGCCGAUGACAGUCACGACGAUCACAAGAUCGAGAAGUCUUCUCCGACCAAGCCUAAGUCGCAGGCAGUCGAAGACAAGAAGAACAGUGGCACUCAAAUACCAAACAAAUUUCCCGAGAAGAGUGCUUCUGAUCUCGAAUCGUAUUCACCAGACAGUGAUCAGGAUAUUUCCAGACUGCAAGCUGAGGAUGCCCGCUCUCUAGGAUUGGCGCCUGACAAAUCUCCACUCCUGGAACAGGACAGAGAUCUCUACGACGCGAGUCCUAGGAAUGUAGCGAAGGUUACAGACUUUGCUGCAAAGGAGCCUAAGAAAGUAAGCAUAUCUUCCAAGCCUGCUCCGAGACACUCUGGUACCGACUUGGCACACAAGUUGGGCGAGUCUUUGGGAUUUUUGGACAGUGAGCCGGAGCAAGACGAGCGUCAGCUGGCAAUUCCAACAAAGCCUACUGCCUUCUUAAAGAGCACCAUUCGACAAAAGGGUUCUCAACAGGCGCCGUCCCCUACUGGUGAGGACGAAUCAGUCCAAAAUGCCGGCGAUAAGAUCAGAGCCUACGACCAUAAGUCAGAUGAUGAAGUCCUCGCCCAGAAUCCAUUUCUCUCUGAGCAUGACGAUGCACCAUCAGCACCGAAUGCUGAUACUUCGGUCGCGAAUUCUCCGCGUUCUAUGCUUCCAGAUGAUCCAGAAACGCCACUUCCAGGAACCGAUGCUGUUCCAAAUGAUGAGUCUCCCGAGGUUCCGUACCCACCGUCUAUUCACGAAACUAUCGAGACUCAAGUGAAGACCAAAGCCUCAGCGGAAGUACUGAAUGCCAUAAAGCUGAAUUUGCCAGCACAGAUCUCAGACACGACUCCAGUUUUGCUCAAUACCGAUUUAGACAUUGUUACUGGGGAUCGGAUCAUGCUGAGUGAAGCGGUCCGCCGUGUCGAUGUUGUGACUGUUUCGAAGAAGCGGAAGCCAAGCCCCGAGGAGCCUCCUGCCACUAAGCGACGCCGAGCAGGAGAGGAUAAUACGCAAGGAGUUAAUGAGCAUAACCCGGAUAUUGUUCUUCCAAAGGCUGCUGCUGCAAAGACCACAACGAAGAAGCCCAGAAAAUCGAAGACGAGUUCAGCCUCGCCACUGCGCAGAAGUCCUCGCUUAGCAUCCAAGGCAGCACAGCAGCCAAUUGAGUCGAAGGCAGCAGGCCCUGAAGGCCCUGAAACUUCUAUAGUAGUCAAGGACCCAAAUCGCAAACCACAGGUUAUCAAUUUUGGUGGCCAAGGCCCUCGAAAUCAAGGAGUCGCAAGCGCUGCCAAGCCUCAAAACAUAACAUCAGCUCUGGACGUUCAGGUAGAAGUCAGUCCAGUCGAAGUUCACGCAGCAGAUCGGAAGCGGAAGCGUGAAAAGGCGAAUUUUGCAGAUGUUGUUAGCCCUCCAAAGAAGAAGCAAAACAGCAGUCCAGUGGCUGGGCCUAAUGACUACUAUGCAAUGGAACCGAAUAGCAGCCCUCCUCCACGGGUGGCUAAGCCAAAGCAAGGUCGUCAAAGACUAAGUUCCAGGCCAAGUUCCCAGGCUUCUCGAGUUGAUCGAAACGGCAGCCCAAUUGCUGGUGAAAGCCCGAUCGACCAUUUCCGCAAGUUGAAAGAGAGACUAUCCGAAUCCGAAGUUCAAACCGUACCCCAAGAUUCGAAGGCCAUAGCAGACGUCCAGACAGCACUUGUGGAAGAGGAAAUAACUCGACCAAGAAGGGUAUCGCAGAUAUUUGGGUCGAAGAUUACCUUGGGAGGCAAGCUGAAAGCCCGCCCAUCUUCUCCAAAAGAGCCCAAUAGUCGUUACGUUGCACACGGAGAGAUCCAUGGCGUUUACACCAAUGUUGAUACCAAACAAGUUGUCGAGGAAAAUAAAGUUUUGCCGGAUCCAUUUGUUGAGCGGAACCGAAAAGCUUCUUGCUUCAUCGAGCGGCUCCAAAGCAGCGCGUCAAAGGAAAUUCCUCAGGCAAAGAAUGCGUUCGAGUCAAGACGCCAGUCUCUUGAACUUCAAGCCGCCAAAGGUCAUCGUGCUGCUAGCAUUCGAUCGAAUGAAGCCCUAAAAUUACCAGAUCACACUCUUCAGAAACCCGUUCUAAAUAUUAACAACCAGGGACUGGGAUUUGUGAAGCAGGGAGAGAGAAAGACUAGGCCGAUUGUCUACGAGCAAUCAUCCCCAAGUGAAUUGACGAGUGGUACUUCAUAUGGAUCGCAAUCCAGCGAUGCAGCAAGAACACCACUUCAAGAGGUUGCAGCUCGAAAUGAAAUAUGGAAUCUUGCUGUUCGUCCGCAUUAUAACACGCUUGGACAAGCUAUUCAUCGGAUCGCUGAUGUAAGUAUGCUCUUGAUACCUUGA